GGGGGUUAGGAAGGUUUUUGUGAUGGGAAGAAAAUUGGCGUGACAUCGCCAACCCGGAAAGGAGGCAGCCAUUACUAGGUCAAGCUAGCUUAGCCGCACGUCCGUCUACCUAAACAACAAUAACAUUUUAUGUUACAGGUAUAACAUAGCUACAACAUGAUGGCUUGAAUAAUAAGACGACAAUUAAUUCAGGUGCACGCCUGAAGGCCAAUGUCGCUUCGAAGAACAUGGUAUCAUUUAAGAUAAUGUAGCUAACUCGUAGGUAAACAUGACACCUGAUGUAAAGAUGGCAGAUUCAUCGCCGCUAUCAGGGGUGAACGUGGUGUUGGUGAUGGCGUAUGGCAGCUUGGUGUUCGUGCUGCUCUUCAUCUUCGUUAAAAGGCAAAUUAUGCGCUUUGCGAUGAGAUCACGCCGCGGCCCUCACGCACCAAUCGGGCACAAUGCGCCCAAGGGUUUGCGUGAGGACAUCGACUCCAGCCUGUCCAAAGUUCACGACAUUCGGUUUGAACCUCGGCUUCUUCUGGAAGAAGACGCCAGGCUGGGGCAUGGAUCACAAAUGAGUUGCUAUAACUACCUGUAUCGAAUGAAAGCCCUGGAUGCCAUUCGUGACUCAGGUAUUCCACUGCAGGACAUAUGCAACACUCCCACUGCUUUCACGGGGAGAAACUUCCGGAACUGGCUGCUGGAGCUUCGAAAUUCCCACUCCCUGAUCAAGAGCAGCCGGAGCGCGCUGAUCGAGCGCCUGCUGGAGGGCUACGACAGUGCCCGCCAUGGCACCGGGGUGUUUGGAGAAGCAGAAUUCCUUGAAUACCAGCAGGCGCUCAAUGAAUUAGCUGAUGUUGUGAAGGCCUACUCCAGCAGCACCAGCCUGGACCAGCACCACCAGUUGGCAGCCAAAGACCUGACAGGUUCCACGGCCCGUAACACCCCGUCCACCAUCCAGGUCACCUACCUGCCCUCGGCCGGGCCGCGCAGCAAGAGGCCCAAGCACUUCCUGGAGCUGAAGAGCUUCAAGGACAACUACAACACGCUGGAGAGCACUUUGUGACGCCGUGUUUUCUUGACUUGUACAAUGCAACCUCGCUAGAUGAGUGCUUGUGGACACAUUUUCAAAGACUAGGAGAGCCGGACUUCUACUUUCACUGUUAUUCUCAUUUUGUAUAUAAUGUUAAAAUGUACAUUAAAUCAUAAAUUAAGCAAUACGUUUCCUCUAAAUGACCCUAUUUAAGGACCUGCUGCAAAAACAUGUCAAAUGAACGUUUUGCUUCCAAGUACCAAAGUAAAAUGUGCCAAAAACAGCAAUUUUAAGCAUGGAACACAAAUACUGUACUGUUUUUAAGGACCUACUGUAAAAACCCUCACCAAAGAGCAUCUAUAAGAACAGUGCUGUACUACUUUUAAAAGCCUUGCGUAAAAAUCCUAAUCAAAGAUUGUCUAUAUGACAAGAAUGUCCUAUUUUUAGGAUUGUACUGCAAAAAAAAAACACUUGGCAAAGAUCCUAUGCUGUUAUUACAGAUAUACACUACCGUUCAAAAGUUUGGGGUCACCCAAACAAUUUUGUGGAAUAGCCUUCAUUUCUAAGAACAAGAAUAGACUGUCGAGUUUCAGAUGAAAGUUCUCUUUUUCUGGCCAUUUUGAGCGUUUAAUUGACCCCACAAAUGUGAUGCUCCAGAAACUCAAUCUGCUCAAAGGAAGGUCAGUUUUGUAGCUUCUGUAACGAGCUAAACUGUUUUCAGAUGUGUGAACAUGAUUGCACAAGGGUUUUCCAAUCAUCAAUUAGCCUUCUGAGCCAAUGAACAAACACAUUGUACCAUUAGAACACUGGAGUGAUAGUUGCUGGAAAUGGGCCUCUAUACACCUAUGUAGAUAUUGCACCAAAAACCAGACAUUUGCAGCUAGAAUAGUCAUUUACCACAUUAGCAAUGUAUAGAGUGUAUUUCUUUAAAGUUAAGACUAGUUUAAAGUUAUCUUCAUUGAAAAGUACAGUGCUUUUCCUUCAAAAAUAAGGACAUUUCAAUGUGACCCCAAACUUUUGAACGGUAGUGUACUACAAAAAAAACCGUUAAAAAUUCUCUAAAUAAUUGGUUGUGUAACUUUUUUCACCAUGUAAUUGGCUGUCCAAUUACCACCGUAAUGACCAACAUUAAAAUACAGUAUUCAUGAGUGUUCUUUAAAACAAGGCAGAGGUUUUAUUUAACAUUUAAUAUUGUCGGCCACUGUAACAUUACACAGUUUGAACAGUAACACUGUUUGAAUAAAGGAAAAUAAAA